UAGAAAAGAUGUUGAAGUACUUUAGAUCCGUUUUGCUCCUAACUUUGUUCCUUGGAAUGAGUUUGGCUGAUUUGUUUGAGGAGUGCAAUGAUGGUAACAACCUGGCCUUUGUUACUUCCCCGAAAAGUUGCGCACAUUACAUUUUCUGCAACGGCGAUGAUUCAUACGACGGCGAAUGCGAGGAGGGCGAAUACUUCAGUCCCGAUAUGGAAAUGUGCGAGCCCAUGGGCGAUAUUGAUUGCCGCACGGGAUUGGCCGUGCAAACGGAAGAUAAUGCCAAUAAUGCAGUCGAGAUUAACUCGGAAGUUUCUGACGUGGCGGAGCCAACUACAAUAUCCACGGAUGUAAUUACAACAGUCGCUCCAUCGGUGAUUGUUACAGUGCGUCCGUCAGUCAAUCAAGGCGGCACUUCCAUUUCGAGCACGAUAUCUCCCGGAACGGAGGUGGUUGUGACCAAUAUGUGCCCCCAACUGGAUAAUCAGACCCGUAUCGCACUGCUGCCAAAUCAGAACUCCUGCUCCGAUUAUUAUAUUUGCUAUCGUGGCCAAGCGCUUCCCAUGAGCUGUGCCGCCAGUUUGCAUUUCAAUUCCCGGACAGGCAAAUGCGAUCAUCCCGAGAAUGUCAUGUGUCUGGCAAUGGCUUCUAAUCCCAGAGAGCAGUGCAAAAGACACGUAAUCGAUGUUUAUCCUCAUUCGGACAAUUGCAACUACUUUUACCAAUGCCGUUCUGGAUACUUAAUGGUGCAACAGUGCCCCUUUUUCUAUGGCUGGGACUACGUGAAGCGAACCUGUGUUGCAUUGAGUCAGGCGAGGUGCUAUAACAAGAUACAGAUGCAAAUGAAAUUAUAAUAAAUAUAACAAUAUAUGUAUUAUAAAAAAUAUAAUAA